GCCUUGCGAAUCCGACUUCAGAACUGAACCGAACGUUGAGCGAAUCAAAUCAGUUUUUUAUUUUCGGAUAACGAUUCUUUUGUCACACAACGCGAAACUAGUCAAGAAAGAUGCAAGUGCAUCGUUUAAAAUUAUUGAUUGCAUCCGCCAGCACUUUUAUAUUCGGCAUUAUAUUCGGUUGGGUUAUAUUUCCUAGUAUACUUAGGUUUAUGAUAUCAAAGCAAGUCACGCUUAAGCCGGGCACUGAUAUUCGCGAUUUGUGGUCUGCAACUCCAUUUCCGUUGCAUUUCUACAUCUAUGUUUUCAACGUAACCAAUCCUGAUGAGGUGGCUCAAGGUGGAAAACCAAGAGUUCAGGAGAUUGGACCGUUUGUCUUUGAUGAAUGGAAGGAUAAAUAUGAUUUGGAAGAUGAUCCCGUUGAGGAUACGGUUAGCUAUAACAUGCGCAAUACAUUCAUCUUCAAUGAGAAGGAAUCAAGUCCGCUGACAGGCGAGGAAGUGAUCAACUUCCCACAUCCAUUGAUACAGCCCGUCGGCAUAACUGUGCUGCGUGAAAGGGCGCCCAUGAUGGAGCUGAUUGCCAAGGCAUUGACGAUUGUCUUUCCCAAUGGCAAGGCAUUCAUUACGGCCAAAUUUAUGGAUUUGUUUUUCCGCGGCAUCGAUGUUGACUGUUCCUCGGAUGAAUUUGCAGCCAAAGCGCUUUGCACGGUGUUCUACACGGGCGAAGUGAAGCAGGCGAAACAAGUUAAUCAAACGCACUUUCUUUUCUCCUUCAUGGGUCAGGCAAACCACACGGAUGCGGGUCGCUUUACAGUUUGUCGAGGUGUCAAGAAUAACAAAAAACUCGGCAUGGUUGUAAAGUUUGCCGAUGAACCCGAAAUGGAUAUUUGGGCGGGUGAUGAAUGCAAUCGUUUCAUUGGCACCGAUUCAACGGUGUUUGCUCCUGGCCUCAAACGAGAGGCUGGAUUGUGGGCCUUCACUCCAGACAUUUGUCGCUCCCUGGGCGCUGUUUAUCAACGCAAAUCUUCGUAUCAUGGCAUGCCUUCUUUGAGGUACACACUCGAUUUGGGUGAUGUGCGUAAAGAUCCAAAUUUGCACUGCUUUUGCAAUGAUCCCGAAGAUCUGGAUACGUGUCCGCCCAAGGGAACAAUGAAUCUGGCGCCAUGUGUGGGUGGACCCUUGAUGGCUUCAAUGCCGCAUUUCUACAAUGGCGCCGAGAAGCUGCUGCAGGAUGUGGAUGGUUUGCAUCCAAAUGAAAAGGAUCAUGCGGUCUACAUAGACUUUGAAUUGAUGUCUGGCACUCCUUUUCAGGCUGCCAAACGUCUCCAGUUCAACUUGGACGUGGAGCCUGUGGAGGGCAUUGAAUCGUUGAAACAUUUGCGUAAACUGAUUAUGCCGCUGUUCUGGGUGGAAGAAGGCGUUCAACUGAACAAAACCUACACGAAUAUGGUUAAAUAUACGCUGUUUCUUGGCCUAAAAUUCAACUCUGGUCUACGCUGGACACUUAUAACGCUCUCUCUCGUUGGUUUAAUGUCGACAGCAUAUUUGUACUAUCAGAAAUCGGAUAGUCUGGACAUUACCAUGCCACCCAAGAUCAUCAAGGAGCCGAACAAGGUGGCCAAUGUGGCGGCAAAUCCAAAGCCAGAAGCUACUCGAAAUGCUGCCAUACCGGGUCUUAAUCUAUCGAAUCCCAAAGUGGAACCCCGAGAGCGUUACUAGUCGGUAUCAUAUCGAAAAAGUUGUCGCUGUUGUUGUUGAUGUUGUUGUUAUUGUAGUUCAAAGCACUUGUAGUUUGAGCACGCGCCAAUAAAAUGGCCAGAAAAUAUACGUGGCAAAACUUA